GUACAGUACUAACUACAACUACGGUAUUGAUAAUUGAUCUAGUGUUGGCGGCGUCGGGUGUUGGCACGUCGCUGGAGCUGCAAGGUCGUAUUUCAGCAAUGCUAAUCAAUUGCCGGUAGAGUUCCGAUCCAUACCUUGAGACUCCACUUCCUCCGUCUCGUCGUCGUCCACCUUGGUCUUGGUCGUGCCCUCGUCCCUCAGUCUCAGCUCAGUCUGAUUGUGCGUGCCGUGCUGUUAACUGUGCGUGUGGUUAUAUCGGCUUACCAAGUGUUCGGCGUAAUGUGAUUUCCCAUACUAGUUCUGGUUAUAUAGUGGCUAAAAAUUUUAGGCUCUCUUAUUUGUUAAGUAAAACCGUUAUUUAUACAAAAACUAAAAUAAUAGAUUGAGGAAGGAAGGGCUUUCCUGUUAGUAACAUUGGUAAUAAUCAGGACUGAGUGAUUGCAAAGUGUGAACUGAAGUAGGAAGUGUUUGUGGCAAUGUUCGCAUCACAAUGGUUCUUGCGUCGCUGCUCUUUUGGUUUACUUAAAGCAGCCCCUUUUGUCACCAACCUCAACAAUAACCAAGAAAAGAUCAACCUGAGACUGAUCCUAGUGAGUGGAAAGACUAAGGAGUACCUGUUCAGCCCCAGCGACUCAGCCGGGGACAUAGCACAACAUGUCUUUGACAACUGGCCUGAAGACUGGGCGGAGGAGGCAGUGGAGAAGGCAGAGAUCCUGCGACUGAUCUACCAAGGCCGGUUCCUGCACAGCAACGUGACGCUGGGCGCGCUAGGACUGCCCUUCGGCCGCACCACUGUCAUGCACUUAGUGCCACGUGAAAAUCUACCCGAACCUAACUCUCAAGACCAACGGCAGAAGAGCAAGGGAGGGGGAAGCAGUUGCUGCUCCACUUCCUGUGUCAUCUUGUAAUCUGCAGACAAGUUACUUCUACCUCGAGGCAACACUAGGAGGGUGCAUCAAAUGUAUAUGUGAUUCAAUGUCUUUCCCCAUGAAUUUUUAUUCUUGCCUCGAAGACUUUCUGCCGAGAGUGACGGGUUGUAGGUUGUGACGAUCAGACUCUAGUGCGAUUGCGGUUGCGUCCAUGUCACUUGUGUAAUAUAUAUAGUGUCUUUGUUUAGUGUUCGGGACUCCGUAUCUUCAUGUAUGGGAGUAUAUUAUGAUUGUUAUAAGCCGUUUGUAUAUAAUAUUGGGCCUGAAUAGGAUUUGUUUGACAUUUUCCUUAGUAACACCAGAAGGCAUAAUUUAUAGACUUCUAGUUUCAACAGUUUUUUGCAAUACCACUAUGUUGGUUGGAGAAAUUUGAAUCUAUGACUUGUACGGUGUCAGUAUUUUUUUUUUAAGAAUUGAAAACUUAUUUUGAUUACUAUACUAAAUUAAUGUAUGUGAAAACUUUCAUCAUAUUGUAUUCUCUUGAAUGUAUCUAUUAAAACAGGCUUCAGCACGAAUACUAGAAAAGUACCGGUAUGGAUCAUAAACAUAAAACAAAUGACAUUUUGGCCCAAAAGUAAACAAAACCCCUAUACUAAUAAAAUUAAUUAACAUAUGGUUUUGUUUACUUUCGGGCCAAAAACGUCAUUUGUUUAUGUUUAUGAUCCAUACCAGUUCUUUUCUAGUAUCAGUUGGCUUCAGUUAUAAAAUAGUACUGUAAUCUUAUCCUGACGUGGUAUGUAACUAUUUUUGCUAUUAAUAAAUUUGCUUUAAUCAGUUUUGUUUUAUUUAAUAGAUUUACUUUUAUUUUCUAAUAGAAAUUUAGGUUACUUUAUUUCAUUUUGGAAAAGAUACUCUUUAUUAUGUUGUAUUAGCAGAGAUCUGUUUUUAGUUUUAUUGAAUUUCAAAGACUUUUUAUUUUGUUAUGUUGUUUGAAAUAAUAAAUAUAGUUUUAUAUCAGACAGUUACUUCCUUCUUAGUAAACCAAUUUUAUGUGUAUUAGAACAAGCUGUGUAACUUAACUAAUUUGUACCAGGCUGUGUCACAUUUCCCUGUGUUAUCUAUAAAUUAUCUUAUGAGUUUCUGAUAGCAGUAUUAUUGCAAAGCACCAAGCUGUUGAAACUAGAGUAGAAAUAUAUUUGUGUUUAAUAUCAACACAAAUCCAUAUACAUUAUGUAAAUAUUAUUUCUUAUUGUUACAAUUUAUUGCCUACAGUAAGUAUAUUUUCAAUAAUCACUGUGUACAGUUUGUGAUGUCUUGUUUUGAGAUAACGAUAACUAUCAUGCUUUAUGAGUGGAAAAUUCAGGGCAGGCAGUGUACUAUAAAUAGGCACAUCAGAGGUAUUAAUUUAUGUUUAUUCCUUACACUUCUUCAAACAUGGCUUUCAAGCCCUACAAAUAAAAGUGUAUUGUUAAAUAUAUGUUUUACAAGUACAAUAAUUAUUUAAUAAAAAAGUACUUGAUCUAAUUUAAUGAGUUUUUUUUCGGCAAUAUCUGCUACUGCAAGUAUAUAGGUUAUCAAUAAAACUUCAGUUACUCCCUGACGUAACACAGUUGCACAUAAAAAAUAGGAAGAUUCACAAACAUAAAUUUAUUGACACUGAUUUAAAACCAUUGCUUUACAUUUUGAGUAGUUGCAGUAUUUAUUAUUUGUAAAGUUUGAAGUGUCUGUUUAUUUUAUCUGUCCGCGGAGUGUAUUACAGUCCAGAGUAUGUUCCCAGUCGCCAUGUUUGUCUGUCUGCAUGAUUCGUUCUUGUUGCGGCUGAUUUCAACCAGAUUUAUUAUUGUUAAAAUAUUAAUGGAUAUAUGAGAUGUAAAUUUGUCCUUAAAAACUUAUUGUAAAUUUUGUAUUCUUUCUUAAAUAGAUGUGUUCCAUUCUAGCAGGCCUAGUAUGGUUUCAAAUGUUACUGAGCUAUUUAAGAUCAAAUGUUUUACCAAGCUAAUGAUCGUCACUACCUCACCACCUCAUAGUGUUAAGUGAAGGAAGUUCUCUGGUAGCUUUCCUCGAGUGGGAGACAGUCCUAUAUAUUGUUUGCUUCUAAUAAGGUGAACGAAUCUACAGCUUAGGCUAUGAUUAACCAGAUCAUGGGAUUGUUAUAAUGCUAAAAGCCUUGGUCUCCAAAACAGAAGUCCCGUGCACUAAUUAAUAUACCAGUCACACAAUGAUCUCCAUAGUUGUUGCUAAUUCUAAAUAGAAAUGUAUAUAUUAAUUAAUAACUAAUAUUAAUAUUAAAUAGUUAAAAAAUACAGUAUAUUCAUUUCAUUACUAAAAAUUGUUUUUUUGAAUUCGAGACAAUCAAUAAUUUGUAUCAUCUAAGGCUCAAUGGUGUAAGAGAAAAAGAUUAGAUAGUUCUUUCAGGCCUCGUAAUGUGAUAGUGAUGAUUCAGUGGGUUUCUCAUCCGGGGCUAUUCCAAGACUUUAUCCUCUCCAGGCUUAAAUAGGAAAUCUUCCCGCAAAUAGCCAUAUAAUAAUUUAUUUUAGAAGGAAUUUAAUCUCUUGAUGAACUUUCAUUAUCAAAUCUAUUUGUUUAUAAUGAUGUGUUGAUGAUAAACAGUUAGUUCAGAGCUGUCAUAGAAUGUCCUGCUAGAAUGGAGCUCUGUGAUAGAUCAGCUUGGGUCGGCCCCAAUGGCCAGCUUUUAUCACACUAUGUAUGUUUGUCUUCACUUUCAGUUUAUUGUAAAUAUUAGCGAUGUAAUAUUUUUUUAAAAAACAAAGAAAAUAACAAUAUGUUGCAUAAUGAUGAUUGUAAUUUUUCUUAGGAUUUUAUUUAGCUGACGACGAGUAGUGUUGACAAUUAUCUAGAAUAAAGUUGAUCAAUUGAAACACUAAACAGAUGUAUGAUU